CUCGAGUUCCAUAAUGGAGCCCACUCUUCGGCGAGAAUCAGCCAAGUGUGGCGCCCAACGUGGAAUCCAACUCCCAUAUGGCCAAGGCAGGAAGCUCCGCUCAAGCCGACAUUUCUGGUAGAAAUCUUGAGUAAUCUGCUGGGCUGUUACUUAGUUCGAGAAACAGUUUUCGCGUGCAUUCCAAACGAGACGGUUCGACUUAAAGAAAUCGCGGAGAACUCACUAAAGUCCAUGCUGAAUGAAUUUCAAGUGUUGGCGGUUAAUUGAAUAAAAACGCCUUGGGAAAAGCAAAAGUGCUUUCGAAAGUGAAGUUAAUUAAAUUAAGAAAACAAACCAAGGGGCUUCAGAAGUUAUUCCCGAAAAGUAAAAGCUGUAGUUUUGCAACUGCAUUGCAAGUGAAGUGCCUGAAUUUGCUGUAAAUCGGAUUAAUAGCACGACGAGGAGGAAUAUCUCUUGGAUUAAUUUGCAAUUGAAUAUGCGCCGAGUUGGCCAAAAGGAAGACGCUUCACCCACAAAACCUAUGGUCUAGCCGAUUGCCAUGAUGUUACUGCCCAUCUUCCUUCUACUUUGCAUUGGGAUAAAUUUGAUUAGAGCCGAAAGUUGUCCUCCAUCACAGGCUAUUUUACCCUGCCGCUGUUCUUUACGAGGAAAGGAGAUACAGAUAUGGUGCUCGCACAGCAAUCUGCCGCAGAUCAUGGACGGCCUAAAGGCAGUGGAACGAAACAUCAAGGGCAGGAUCGAUGAGCUGGUCCUGGAGAACAACCAAUUGCCGGCACUGCCAGGACGCUUUUUCGGCAGCCUGCAGAUAGUUCGGCUCAUGCUGCGCCACAAUAGCAUCGAAAGAGUGUCCAAUGGAUGGCUAAAUGAGCUGGAGAACGGCCUGGUGGAGAUCUUCGUGGUGGAACCUCAGCUGCGCAGCAUUCCAGCGGAGAGCCUGAACGGGAUGAUCAACAUGCUGGCCAUUACCAUUCAGAGCGAGGAACUGAAGCACUUGCCCGACUUCUCCGGACUGCUCAGUCUGACCUAUCUCAGUGUCCAAACGGGGGCUCUCCAGGAGUUGCCCUCCCAUCUCUUCAGGCAUCUACCCAAAUUGCAGCACAUACAUAUAACAGGCGGAUCAGGCCUCACCCGGCUGGAAGCCGGUCUUUUCGAUGGAUUGAUCUCCCUGAAGAAUCUGGAUCUAUCGCACAAUGGUCUCAACUGGAUUCAUUUGCGUGCCCUGUCCAGAUUACCCAAUUUGGUUAGCCUCAAACUGUCCCACAAUCAAAUCAGUGACGUUGGCAUGGUGGGUCGCAUUGUCAAGGAUCUGGAGCAUCUGAAGAAACUACGACUGGACAAUAAUCUCAUCACUGUCAUUGAGGAUGGCUCCUUUGUGGAUCUGCCCAAUCUUUCCGAGCUUCAUUUGAACGAUAACAGGAUUACAGAACUGCAAUAUGGAGCCUUUUUGCGCACCCCUCAACUGAAAACCAUAUAUCUGCAGAACAAUCUCAUCCGGCGGAUCCAUCCGGAAUCCCUGCUUCAGGCCAGUGGAAGUGGCGUGGAGGCGGUUCACAUGUACAACAAUGAAAUUGGUCAUGUGGAGGCUUUGAGGGCAUUGUUGGAUGCCCUGCCUAGGCUCCGCUAUCUGGACAUGAGUGGUAAUCUUCUGAGCGAACUUCCCUAUGGAGCUCUUCGUGGUCAUGGAACUUUGGAGCAACUGCAUCUGAACCAUAAUCAUCUGAGGCUCAUUGAAAGGGAUGCACUGAUGGCCAUGCCUGCUUUGAGGGAACUUCGGAUGAGAAAUAACAGUCUAUCCUCGGACUUACCGCUACCGUUUUGGAACCUUCCUGGAUUGAAGGGACUCGAUCUGGCCCAGAAUCAGUUUGCUAGGGUGGACUCACAGUUGCUGGCGGGACUUCCAUCAUUGAGACGUCUGGAUCUGAGCGAGAAUGGACUGAUCGAAUUGGCACCCAAUAGUUUUCGUCACAAUCCCCUGCUCGAAACGCUCAAUAUAUCCUCCAAUGAGCUGACCAAAAUCCACUCUUCCACCCUAAUCCAUUUGGAGAGGCUCUUUGAGGUGGAUGCCAGCUAUAAUCAGCUUAAGUCUGUGAUUGCAGGACUGCCCAGGAUUGUGGAGCGCAUCUCGCUGAAGGGCAAUCAAAUUACAUCGCUACCAGCAGCAGCUAGCAAGGAUUUGCAAUUGCCCAACCUGCGAAUGCUGGAUCUCAGCCAGAAUCGAAUAGAGCAGCUGCCCAGACAUGGCUUUCAAGGGGCAAUGGAACUGAGAGUCUUGAGUCUGGCGCAAAACGAGUUGCGCCAGCUGGAGGACACCUCCUUCAUAGGGAUUCAACGUCUGGAGCUAUUGCAUUUGCAAGAAAAUCAACUGGGCGAAGCGGAUGAGCGGGCUCUACUGCCCCUCGCCGAACUUAGGAAUCUGAAUCUUCAGUCCAACAAACUGGAAGCCAUCACGGAUAAUUUCUUUUCGAAUAACAGCAGACUGGAGCAGCUAGAUCUGUCUAGGAAUCUCAUACGGAGCAUCUCACCAACGGCUUUCGAUACGCAAAGAUCACUCGAGUAUCUGGAUCUCUCUGGCAAUGCCCUCCUGGAUAUAUCGGUGGGUUUGGGUAAUUUGAACAACCUGCGGGACAUCGAUCUGAGCUAUAAUCAAAUAUCCCGAAUCCAAUCCGAUGUGAUCGGUGGCUGGCGAAAUGUGGUGGAGAUCCGUUUGUCCAACAAUCUCAUUGUGGAACUGCAGCAGGGCACUUUCCGAAAUCUUCCCAAGCUGCAGUAUCUCGAUCUCAGCAGCAAUGAGAUCCGAAAUGUGGAGCCUGGCGCACUCAAAGGACUCGAUGAACUGCAGGAAUUCGUCCUGGCAGACAAUAAGCUGGUGGAGCUAAAGGAUCAUGUCUUCGAGGAGCUGCCCAGCCUGCUGGCAUCCCACUUUCAGUACAACAAGUUGCGCUACAUCUCGCCGGAAAGCUUCCACAACGCCAAUUCGCUGGUCUUCUUGAAUCUGUCCAACAAUCAUUUCCGGAACAUGGAAAACAUAGGUCUGCGAAGCAUGCGGAACCUGGAAGUUUUGGAUCUGUCCACCAAUGGUGUCAAGCUGGUGACCACGAUGCCGUUGAAGGCGCUGAACUGGUUGGUGGAGCUUAAAAUGGAUAACAAUCAGAUAUGCCGCAUUCAGGGUUCUCCAUUUGAGACAAUGCCCCGUUUGCGAGUCCUCUCCAUGCGGAAUAACCAGCUAAGGAGCAUCAAGGAACGUACCUUCCGGAACGUCCGGGGAAACAUUGCCAUCUUGGACGUGGAUGGAAAUCCGAUUGACUGCAACUGUGACAUGCAAUGGCUUUCGGUUUGGCUGCAGGAGACGAACUUUCCGUAUCCGGGACCCAAAUGCCAGGAUGGACGCCUACUACGGUCGGCCCGCAUGGAAAGGAGUCUCUGCGUGGGUGCGGAUAUCUAUGGCAACGAACGCACCGAUGGCAACCAGUUGCCACUGCUCAAUGAGCACGGGGAUGUCUUCCAGCGGGAUUUGCCCGACGAUUUCAACGAUGAGUGUGAGGCGGGCGAGGCAACCAGACUGCCAGGCGAUCGACCGCUGGUGGGCGAGAGCGAGUACUUCUACGAUCAGUAUGUGGACGCCACCGAGGCGCCAGAUACCACCCACUCUGCGAUCAGUACUUCGCAGCGACCAAAGCCGACUCCCACGAUAAACAGCAAUAUAGAUCUGAACAAUACUAUACUCCAUACGAAGUACUUCAAUCGCAAACCCCAGCCGGGAUCUGGAUCGCCUUUUACCUUCUUCGGAUAUCCCUUGCCCAGUGUAAGCUUGGGCAGAUUCUUCGGUUUCGGAGAUCGAGGGCGAAAGCAACGAACGGAUAGCAAUGAUGAGAUGCCAGCCACCCACCGCAUGGCCCACAUCAGUCUGCCAAGUGGGCGUGGCAAAACAAGGAUGUAUCAGCCGAAUAGUGCAGAGUUCGAAAAAUACCUCAAGGAUCAGCAGAAGCAGGAGAAGCAAAACAUAGCCAGGAAUCGUUAUGUGGACACAGAUUCCACCACUUCAUCCAUGGAGGAUGCACUGAGUAAUGAGAGUGGUAGUGCCGCCACCACAGUGGGUGUCUUUCGCACCACCUUUCGUGAGCCAUCGAGCAUCGAGCGCGGCGGCUUCCGUCCCAUCGUUCCAGCCCAUGUCGGUGGUUUUAUGCCUGUCCAUGAUCCUCAACAGCGGCGUGGUUUAGUUGAGGUGGUGAAUAUCACGGGAAAACCGUCGGAAAUGAUCCAAGGCAUAGGUCAGAGAAAGUUUAUCCCCAUAUCUGCUCAGGCACGACCUAAGCCAACCAAAAGCAGUGGCGAAAGUUCAGAGUCUGCUACUUACGAAGUCACGGAGACCACGCCCGAUAUAACCACCACAACGCCUUUGAUACACAGGAUCACCACCACCAGUACAACGAAAGCAUCUACAACAACAAGGAGUACCACAACCACCAGUACCACACAGGUUACUCCUGCUGAAAGUGAUGUCUCAUCCAGCAGUGAGCUGGAUUCCCAGUACGAUGACGAAGAUCUGGAGGCGCAAUCUGUGACCCUGCUUAGACCUCCUCCUCUCGUGCAAACGACGACGGCAGAGACGAUUCUUUUGAUUCCCCCGGCUGAAGAGCAUGUGGCGCAGAUAAAGAGUCGUUCCUGGGUGACCACCACAACACCCCAGAGUCCGAGUGUUAAUCAAGUUACUUUAGCUCGUCCAACGAGCACAGUACCACCACCGCCACCAGCUUCUCCUCCUUUACGAGGUGGAGGACGCUCCACCAUUACCAAGGUCUACACGCCGUAUCAGCAGCAAGUGGCUCAGCCCACGGCAGAGGAGUAUCAGAGAACCACGCCCAGUGGUGAUAACGAGGGCGUGGCCAGCGAGCAUCAACUCACGGCUAAUGCCCAAAAACGCACGGAACUGGAGCUCCUUCAGGUUGAUCGUGUGGAUCGCAAGGACGGCAUGGAUUGGUACUACGAAAGCUUCAAGAAGAAACGAGACUUCAAUGGUGGAGCUGCGGUGCGGAAAACUGCCCACAAGGAGGUGUUCUACGACGGAGUAGCUGCGUCGUCCAGCUGGAAUCGAUUGCACAAGGAGAUUCUCUUUCUAAGCUUGUUAUUGUUGUGGAGAGCGUGUUGAAUAGUUUUUAAAGCUAUUUAAUUUAGACAGUUGAAA